AUGAUUCCUGCCAUCCGGAAGAGCAGAGACUCUGCAACAAGUUUAGUUAUAACCCCCAAGGUAGCCACAAGCUCAGUGACAGAGAAAUCUGAACUUAAAACCAUGACAUGGGUCAGCAGCAUGGUCGCUCCUUCCAUUGCCUUCAGUAAAAGGGCAGUGACAGCUGAACAGCAGACAGGUGGAUCUGUGGGGGAGGCUUAUUCAUCUGCUAUCACAUGGUCAGAGAAGACAACUGGGAGUGAUCUGAUUCAUGGUGCAUCUCCAGAGGCCACGGACACAUUGCAUCUAACCUCCAUAGAACAAACCACAUCACCAUCUCUGACCUCUAAAAGCCAAGCCAUUACCAGCUUUACCAAUGCCUCAGGAGGAGUAAUGAGCUCUUCACCAUCUAUCACAUUUCCUCCAAUGAGAUCUAAGACUCUGGUGGCCACAACAAGUGUAGCAACUAGUGAUGCUGUCUCUAUGCCUGGACAACUGUCACAGACCUCAACUCCUGCAGAAGUGAGCAUCAUGGGUGUAACCGCAACCCCCACUCCAGAUGUCUCCACCACCAUCACCACCAUGGGAACAAACUCAGUCCUGACUACCACGUCUAACCCAGAGAGGAGAGUGAGCACACUGGCCACAGAGACCAGCAUGUCUUCCCUAGAGCCUGCUUCCACCUGGUCACCUACAACUGCUUCUACCCCAACAUCAGGCCCUUGGGCUAUAACAGACACUGGUUCUCCUGAAACAAGUUCUGCAAUGGGCACAACUUCAUCCUUAGCAUCUAGCACUGAAUCAAGUUCUUUAUCUACUCCCCAUGGCCUUGUGACCAUCAUUGGAACCAGCCUACACAUUCCAUCUUAUGCUUCAGCUAAGGAGACGAAGUCCAUAAAUAUGAGAACAUGGAGUCCUUCAGACACAACUACAUCUAUGCCCAUCUCAACAACUUCUGGUACUGAGAUGAUGAGCCCCUCACUUACUCAUGAUUUAAGCGCAAGUUGGACUACUGACCAUCCAAAUACAAAGACUGAACCUAAUAUCCUCCAAUCCAAUUCUCAGCCUGAUUUUCUGCCCACUCUUGACUGGGCUACUGGGAAAUCGGUGUCAACAUCCACAACCACUACUUCACAUCCUCAAGGGAACACAUUUCAAGAAAUAUCUGUGGGGAACAUGAUAAGCCCAACUACCUCACAGCUGCCAAUAUUUGCAAAAGAAAUUACAAGAGGGGUCAAGAGUAAUGAAAUGAGGGACUCCACCUUCCUGGGAACACAGCAGUGA